UAUAAAAAAUCAAACUCAGCAGAAGCCUAUUUGUAUCUCUUGAAAAUUCAUACAAACAAAACCCUGUACUCCUUUUUCACUUGUUACCAAUUGACUUUUGAUAUACAGGAUUCACUUCAACUCAGACAAAAUGGCUGCUUCAUUCGCCGGUUGUAUUCAAAAAUCUCCUCUUUCAGUUGCCCAUAAAUUACCCCAUAAGCCACUGUCCUUCGCUCCUGUCUCGCUCAUUUCUUACAAAUCUUCGUCACACUUGGUUUGCUCUUCUGUCUCAUUAUCUUCUCCUGCUAACUCAGGGGCUGGAGUACCACUGUUUGGUGGGGUUAGGGAUGAGAAGAAUUUGAAAGAUAGGUCAGCAUUUGCUCAGACGGAAGCUGUUCGACACUUGACUGGCUCCCUCACUUCUGCUGCUGGUUUUCGCUUUGCUGUUGUGGUAGCUCGGUUCAAUGAGAUUGUUACCAGGCCACUGUUGAAUGGAGCUCUGGAGACGUUCAGCAGAUAUUCAGUUAAAGAUGAGGAUAUUGAUGUCGUGUGGGUUCCUGGUAGUUUUGAGAUUGGUGUUGUUGCAGAGAGGCUUGGGAAGUCUAAAAAGUAUGAUGCAAUAUUGUGUAUUGGGGCUGUGGUAAGAGGUGAUACGACCCACUAUGAUGCUGUGUCUAAUUCAGCAGCUUCUGGAAUACUCUCAGCUAGUCUGAAUUCUGGUGUUCCUUGCAUAUUUGGCGUCUUGACGACUGAAAAUAUGGAUCAGGCUAUGAACCGAGCUGGUGGUAAAUCAGGAAAUAAGGGUGCGGAAGCAGCUCUAACAGCUAUAGAGAUGGCAUCCUUGUUCGAGCACCACUUAAAGGAGCAGUAAUGCAGUUUGUUCGGGAAGGGAUCAUAUCAUUUUCCCUGAUUCACCAUUUACUUUGGAAAAGGGUCGCUAUAGUAUUUUAUCUUUGGAAGCACGAGGCUAUAUUGUUUCAUUAUAGAGUUUAGAGGAACUGCAGAAUUGCAAUUGUAAGGGUUUGGUGGCAUGAAGAUUCAAAUACUGUUGAAAUAAACAUGAACAGUAUGUUCAAUGUAUGAAAUAAAGACCCUUUUUUUAUUUUAA